GAAACCAGGCCGGAGUACACUACAUUUUCUUUGAUGACGUCGAGUGAUCUCGAAAAGAAUCACGAAGAUGUUUUUCAUAGGAUAGAAGGAUACUUGAAAGACGCCAAGAUUUUUAAGCACGAUGGCGAUGUGUACAUAGUUCUGGCGAUAUAUUAUGAUAAAACACGCGCGACACAUCGCGUAAAUUCCUUGCUUUAUCGAGUGCAUAAUACGACAAACGCAACAUUAAUCCAGGAAAUUCCUACGGACGGUGCUUGGUCCAUCCAGAUUUUUAAAAUCGAUCAUCACGAGGUAUUUCUUCUCAUCGGUUGUUUCGGCGAGUCUUCGGAAUCUUCGUUGUACAGAUUUGAUCCAGCAACACGAAAGUUCGAACAAUUGAGGACGUUCGCGAGCAGAAGCCGUUACGUGAAGAGUCUAUCGCAGGGAAAGGAUCAUUUCGUUCUGCUGGACAAUCCUGAUACGAACGCCGUGAACAUUUACAAAUACGACCCCGAGUCUCGAAACUUUCAUAGUUAUCAAAGCAUUUUCUAUAUUCAUCAGAUUAAUGGGAUUGAGUGCUUCUACACCGAUGAUUUUGGCAACAGCGAUGUGUUUGUGAUUGUUACGACGGAGAGUGGACGGUUUUAUAUUUACGAAUAUAUGUUUGCCGGGGUAAAUCUACUUUCUUUACGUUUCUUUCUCUACUAUCUUUCUCCACGUUUCUUAUUAAUAAAAAGAAUAAAUUCUCUCUCUCGAAUUUCACCCUUAUGA